GACGGCGAAGAAAACAAGUAGGUCCGGAGGUAGGGAGCGGUGUUUUUUUAUAUAAGUAAAUUUGGAUCAGCGCAACAGUGGCGGUCGCGUUCCAUUAGUUCCAAUUAAGUCGUUUCGCGCCCUUGCGGAGGUGCAGUACGCGACGUGUUUGUCGCGGCAACAGGACCAGUCGGCAGUCUACAGCAGUCGGCACGCGAACAUGGCCAACGAGAAAUCGCUCAAAGAGUCCCUGCUGGCCGCCUCGCCGUUCCUGAUCAAAGUCGUGGAAAUCAUACUGGGGUUGACUAGCAUCUGUCUGAUCAUUAGCCCGUACUCGUCGAGGCUUCACACCAGCACAGGUAGAGCGGGUUUCGUGUACUCAGCUCUAUCUGGUGCAAUCUUGGUCGACCUUCUCAUAGUGGUCAGCCAUUUUUUACAACAAAAGAUACCGAAAAAGCCGUGCUUAAUUGUGUCGUGCUGGUACGGCUUGAUGCUGGCCAUAGCCGCUGGCAUCAUAUUCUCGGACUGGAGAGCCCUCCAAUUCGCCCUACAGGUGCGUCCGUCCAAGAACAGAAUGGAUCUGAUGAUAUCCUCGGCGAUCACAGCCACGCUGACAUCCAUCACGUUUUUCGCUGACUUUGUGUUGACAUUCAGGUACGGAUGAAACCGCACACAAAAAGUAUUCGAGUGAUCAAUACCUAUCUACAUCCUAUGCUCUGCCACAGGACAUAAUUUUGAAUCGGCUAUUAUUUUUUUUAUAGAACAUGUUUCUUUUUCAUCAUAAUUAUUUUAUUGAUUAUCGAACGUCACUAAAAAUUCACAGUUAUUCUUUAUAUCAUAAACACGGUUUUUUUCACGUUAAUUGCACUUUUUUUUAUAUAUAUAUAGUAAAUAAAUACGAUGAAUAAUAGAAUAUUAUUUUAACGUUAAAUCCAGUAAUCUCACGGUUCACAAAUAAAAUAUAAUACAUAAUAAUAUUAAUACAAUUUAUACGUUAAUAUGCAAAAAAUAUAACUAGGGCUCGGUAAUUAAUGCACCAAUACUACCAAAAAAUACAUAUGCAUCAAAAUUAUUUUUAAAUUGUAAACCAACUUUUGUAUUAUAAAACACAUGGAUACCUAGGUGCUAGGUAUUAGAUAUACAAAGUUUUGAAUUAUUGUAUGUGUUUGUUUAAGUACCCAGAUUUUAAGAAUUUUAAUUCAAAACUACAAGAUUGUACCUAAUAGUACUCUCAGGCUAUGAUUCUAAUUUUUAUUAAGUUAAUCCAGCUAUUUUUGGCUAUUCAGCAUAAACUAAAAAUAUACAAUCUACUUCCUGGCCCUUGUGAUAACCCUAUUAUUAUAUCUAACAAGCAUAUAUUUAUAUAUUUUUUACACUUUAAGCUAUGUCAUAUAUGUUAACUAUAUUUUUAAGUGAUAUAUUA